AUGUCAUCGCAAAUACCGACACUCUUAAACCCCGAUUUUCUAACAUCAGGUUUAAGUCGUGGAUUCUAUGAGUUUGUUAAUAAAGUGGGUGACGCUAGAAGUAAACAGGAGGAAGAUCGACAUGUCACUGAAGAACUUGCUUCUCUCAAAAUCAAAUUAAAUUAUCCAGACCUUCCUUCUGUAAAUUACAAUUAUAUAACAAGAUUAAUUUAUUGUGACAUAUUGGGACAUAAUGUGGAUUUUGGUCAUAUUCAUGCAGUAAAAUUGGCUCAAAGUGCCAAAGGGUUAUGGGAAAAACGUGUUGGUUACCUUGCAUGUUCUUUAUUUUUGGAUGAAACUCAUGAACUUAGUAUAAUGUUAAUUAAUACUUUACAAAAGGAUCUUCAAAGUAAUAAUUAUUUAGAAAUAUGUUCAGCCUUGACAGCAUUAUGUCAUGUAUUAAAUCCUGAAAUAAUACCUGCAAUUUUGAAACUUGUAGAGGAAAAAUUAACACAUAAAAAUUAUCUAGUCAAGAAAAAAGCCAUCAUGGUUUUUCAAAGAUUAUUUCAUGAAUCUCCAGAUUUAAUUAAACAUUUAGAUGAAAAAUUUCGUCAAAUAUUAACAGAAAAGGAACCAGAGAUAUUAAGUGCAAUAUUAAGUCUUUAUGUUGAUUUCGUUAAAGUGGAUCCAAAUAAAUAUAAAGAUCUUGUUCCAAUUCUUAUAAAUAUUUUGGAACAAGUAAUAGAUAAAUGGUUACCAAUUAGUUAUGAUUAUCAUGGUUUACCAGCUCCUUGGAUUCAAAUGAAAAUAAUCGAAAUUAUGGGUUUAUUGGCAAAAGAUGAUGAAAAAGCAAUUUCAAUGUUACAUCCUCAAGCAUUAUCAACAAUAGUUAAUAAAUCACCACAUUUAAAUCCAUUAAAAAUCAUUACUCGAUUUUUAAAAUCUCGUAAUAAUAAUCUUAAAUAUUUAGGUUUAAUUAGUUUAUCAGAGAUAGAUACAAUUUGGUGGAUGGAAGGACAAUGGUGGGGAGAAGAACAAAUGAAUAUAAUUGUGGAAUGUUUAGAAGAGAAAGAUGAUUCUUUAAGAAAGAAAGUUUUAGAUCUUCUUUAUAAAAUGGUGAAUUCACAAAAUGUGGUUGUCAUCGUGGAAAAUAUGAUUAAUGCUUUACGUGAGACUUUAAUAACUGAUAAAUUUUCACCGGGUAAUUUAUUAGAAAGAGAGACGAUUGAUAAUGUGUUUAAGAUUAUUUCCAAGGAUUCUGGUGGUGAAGAGGGUGAUGGAGAUGGCGAAAAAGGUGGCGAGGAAGGUGAUGAUAAUGGAAAAUAUCAGGAAAUGGGAAAAUUUGCGAUAUCCGAAGCAAUAAAAAUAUUAGAAAAUUCAAAUGAUGAAUCACCUACAAAUUUAUUGUUAUGGUCUCUUAGGAUAAUAGGAGAAUUUUCAAAUUAUAUUGAAAAUCAAGAGGAAAUUAUGAAUAAAAUGUGUAAAUUUUUAAUGAUGCAAGAAGAAGAUGCCAACCGUGAAAUCCAGUCUCGAGUAAUAACAACAUUAUUAAAAUGUGUUUCAAGAACAAAGAAUUGCCCUGAUGAAGUAUUAAAGGCUGUCACCAAAUGUACUGAAUCAUCAUCUGGUCGAGAGUUUAUAAUUUUAUCAAGUAAUUUAGUAUUGUUAGAUAAUGUAUUUAAACCAAUUUCAAAAGAUGAUUUCAAGGUCGAUGAACCAUUGUCGUUCUUGAAUGAUUUUGUAGAAGAAGCUUUGAAGAACGGAGCUAAACCUUAUAACCCUAUAUUAAUCACUCGCGAAGAAACUAAUUCAGAAUUAAAAAUAAGAUAUGAAGCCUACGAAAAACCUGAUGAUGAUAAUAAUAAAUAUUAUUCAAAAUCAUUAUUCGUUCCUCAUUACAACAAUACUAGUUUUUCACUUAUAGACAAGAAUUUAUCAUCUUUUAGUUAUAAAAAUGAUUUUAACAAAAAAAGAGUUGAAGAUUCUUUUGUUGAUGAAUAUGAAGAAUAUGAUCCAAGAAAAUCUGUGGUUUCUCCUAAAUUAUUAAAAUUUUCAAGUCAAAACUGGAGUCGAGAAGGAUAUAAAGCAAACCAAGAAGCUUCAAAAAAACCUCCGAAUUCAUCAUCAGUUAAUCCCAAUUACAGAACAUCAAAAAAGGCAGUAGCUACAACUUCAAUAAAUACAAAAUCGGUUAUAAUUUCAGAAAAAGAACGUUUAGCUUCUGCCUUGUUUAGUGGUUCAUCAAAAAUACGAUCUCCACGUAAAAAUGUGGUUUCGGACAUUCAACACGAUAUUGCAAAUUUGAAAUUAGGCAGUAGUAGCAAUGAAUUUGCUGGAUUUUGGACAAAAAUGGUUCACGAAAGAAAUGAAGAAAUUGUUGGUGAAUUAGUAAUUGAUAACGUGGAAAUUAUUAAACAACGAUUAGAGAAUGGAUUAAAUAAUAAUAGUUUUUACGGAUUUGAAUUCGGUGAUCACGAAUUACAAGGAAAAUUUCGUGUGGUUGAAAUUAUAAAUAAUGAAGCUAUAGUAGUCUCGAAAUAUACAAAUCCCAAUGACACUUUUUCCACCUCGUCGUCGUCAUCAUUUUCUGAAAAUAAUUUGAUAUUGUUACAUUUUAAAUUACAGCAAUUACUUUGUACUUAUACAAUUAAAACUGAUAUAGAAACCAUUUUGGAUGAUGUCACGAAAGAAUUGAAACCUUAUUUCAUGUGGGGUGAAUAA